AUGGGUAGUGGAGCUACUAAACGUGAAAUAUUGGAGAAAAAAUUGGAGAAAAGACUGCAGGAUCCAAAAACAGAACCAUUAAUAUCUUUGCCACUAGAUUUUUUGGAAGACAUCACAUGCGGUUUUUCCACUGAACGAGUACUUGGCACGGGUGGGUGUGGAGUCGUAUACAAGGGAGUUCUCCGGAGUGGCAAAACUAUUGCUGUAAAGAACAUUUUUGAUAAGCAUCUGCUGGACAAUGAUAACCGAUUCGAGAAUGAGAUCAUUUGUCUUACGGAGAUGAGACCUCAGGUGUUAUGGUUGGCAGAGUCUAUAGACGCCGUACUGGCUAGGUUCAGCCGUGUGCCAAGCUGGGACAGUUGGUCACCAGGGGCGCACAGGCUGAGAUAUUUAGAGUUUGGGUUAGUUUGGAUUGAGGUGGUUGGAAGUUGGAGGAACAAACUUAUAGAAAUAACACCCAUGCAUAUGUCACCAGAAAUGUGUAUCCAACAAGUGCAACAAUGCAUCUCUAUAGCCCUGAAGUGCCUGGAACCUGAGUCGAAUAAAAGGCCUACUUCACUGGACAUAGUUCAAAGUCUAAAUGCAGUAGAACCAAAAUGUACAUCUCCUGGAAAUCCCCCCAGUGUCGUUGAGAAGGAUAGGAGAAACCGGAAUCUUCAGAGUCAAGUAAAUGUGAACAUAAUCAACAUACCAAAGACCACCAGUGCCAUUAACGGCCUGAAUGAGUGCGCCCAUUUGUUCCAGUGGGUUACAUCGGCCAUUUCAUCUCCAAAACCUCAGCUGAAUGAAACCCAAAAGGAGAGACUUCAACGAGAUAUAUGUCAAUUGCGUAGUGACCUUCAAUGCCUAACUGAUACUCUACCAGCAAUUGACAACCUCAUUGAUCGAGCAGAGUGGAGGAUCCAUCAUGAUUCUGUGGUUGACCUCCUUUCAAGACUCAAAGAUGCAGUGUAUGAUGCAGAAGACCUUCUCGAUGAGUUUAGAUGGUAUGAGAAAAAGGUUUCUGUAGAGGACAAUGCUAUCUCAGUGGAACCAGUUAUUAAAUUCUUUCAAAGCGUCACUCGAGGUAACUUCAACAAGGUGACUGGUAUCCAGAAGAGGCUCGAUAAUCUCUCCAAACAGCUUGAGAAACAGAGCUUACUUCCUGCAAUUCCAAAGUUUGACAAAUCAUCUAGGCCCGAGACCUCCUUUUUCUCCACUGAAGCAAAGAUGAUUGGUCGUGAUGAGGAAAAGAAGAAGUUGAUCAUGUUACUUGGUGUACCAACAAAUAAAAGCUCAGGUCGUUCCGGAUGCAAGAGAAAAAGAAGAGUCAGUUCAUCAACAAGCAACCAAGUUUGUGCUACUAUUGAUAAUAACGAAGCAACAAUAGUGAGUGUUCGAGUUUUGCCAAUUGUUGGAAUUGGGGGUGUCGGAAAAACCACCUUAGCUCAAGAUAUUUGCAACCAUUCAAAAGUGAAAGGUCACUUUGACCUGAUAAUUUGGAUUUGUGUAUCGGAUGAUUUUGAUGUCAAGAGGUUAACUAAAGAAGCCAUAGAACAAACUUCUGGGGAAGUGCUAGAAAAUGGUAACUUGAAUUCUCUCCAGCUUGCUCUUGCAAAUAGCGUGAACAAGAAAAGAUUCUUGAUUGUCCUUGAUGACAUGUGGGAUGAAAAUGAGGAGCAUUGGAAGCACUUCUGUGCACCUUUUAAAAAUGCACUUCAGGGAAGCAUGAUGCUUGUCACCACUAGGUCUCCGAAGGUUGCUGAUGUAGUGCGUACAAUGGAUUCCUUUCCCUUAGAGGGUUUGAAAGAUGAUGUCUUUCGGAAGUUCUUUAAGUCCUGUGUGUUUGGGCCUAAUAGCUCCAACAUUGAUCCUAAGUUGGAACGGAUUGGUGAGAAAAUACUCCCAAAGUUGAGAGGCUCUCCUUUAGCUGCAAAAACUCUAGGACGGCUGUUAGGAAUGAGCCUUGAGCUAGCACAUUGGGAUAGGAUUCUCAAGAGUCAGCUGUGGGAGCUUCAACAAAAGGAGACUGACAUUUUGCCGGCUCUUCGGUUGAGCUACAUGUAUUUACCAUUGUAUUUAAAGAGAUGCUUCUCAUUCUGUGCUGUGUACCCAAAAGAUUACAUAUUCAAAAAGGAGGAUUUAGUGGAGAUUUGGGUGGCAGAAGGCUUAGUGGAACAUCACACUGGUGUGGUCAAAGGCCUCCAUAUUCAGUGUUCUGACUUAUUGAAGAAUGACAUGGCACGGCUUAGAAAGCUGCGCACCCUAUUUUGCCACCUGUCUUUAAAGAGUGAAGCUGAUAAUACUGUGAUGGAGAAAUGGUGUAAUGAACUUUUGUGCAUGCGUGUCAUGGUCUGUUCUAUCUCUAAGUGGGGCUUACCAGGUAAUAUUAGCAACAUGAAGCUACUUCGGUACCUUCAAAUCCUCGACUCUAGCCUUUGCAAGAGCCUUCCUUCAGCAUUCUGUUGCCUCUAUAAUAUGCAAAUAUUUAAUGCUACGAAAUGGAGCAUUGAUGACAUUCCUAGCGGCUUUGGUAUGCUGAUCAAUCUGCAGAAAUUUGAAUCAGUGAAAUGUCAAUUUCAUCAUAUACAUUCAGUUGGUACUCUUAAAGGUGCAACUGACCAAGGACAGAAUAGUCAAUUUGAGCUCAAAAACUAUAAUGGUGAUUUUCUCCCAAACUCAGAGCAGGUUCACAGUUACGACAGCACUAAUAGCACUCUCUUGUCCGUGACUGAUGUAGUCAUUCACAGUUGCCAAAACUUAUCAAGCCUCGAACAAUUUCUACAGCCAGGUUAUGUACCUACCAUCAAGAAAAUAGAAAUUUCAGAUUGUGGAAGUUUAGAAUCAGUACCAGCUGAUAGGUUUGGAGAUUUGCAUUUCCUUGAAGUACUGAGUGUGUCCAAGUGUCCAAAUAUAAAAUCACGACUCCUGUUUGCUCCAUCCCUAAAGAAGCUGUAUCUGGAAGACUCUGGGGAUCUUGGAUACAAGAUUGAGUGUAGUUCUCUCACCAUCUUGCAUUUAUCAAAUUGCCCUCUUGAAUCCAUUGAACUGCAAAUGUGCAAUCUCCAGUUACUGCAGGAGCUCAAGAUCAGAUCUUGUCCCUCUCUGACAGUUAUUAGAGAUUCAGAACCUAUAUCCUCUGACAUUUUACAUGGUGAGGACAGAAGCAGAGCCAUUGAUAACACUUUCUUGUCCCUGACUGAUGUAAAAAUUACAGAUUGCAGAAACUUAUCAAACCUCGGACGAUUUCUACAACCAGAUUAUGUGCCUAUCAUCAAGAAAAUAGAAAUUUCAGAUUGUGGAAGUUUAGAAUCAGUACCAGCUGAUAGGUUUGGAGAUUUGCAUUUCCUUGAAGUACUGAGUGUGUCCAAGUGUCCUAAUAUAAAAUCACGACGCCUGUUUGCUCCAUCCCUAAAGAAGCUGUAUCUGGAAGAUUCUGAGGAUCUUGGACACAAGAUUGAGUGUAGUUCUCUCACCAUCUUGCAUUUAUCAAAUUGCCCUCUUGAAUCCAUUGAACUGCAAAUGCGCAAUCUCCCGUUACUGCAGGAGCUCGAGAUCAGUUCUUGCCCCUCUCUGACAGUUAUAUUAGAUUCAGAACCUAUAUCCUGUGACAUUUUACAGGGUGAGGCCAGAAGCAGAGCCAUUGAUCACACUUUCGUGUCCCUGACUGAUGUAGAAAUUACAAAUUGCAGCAACUUAUCAAGCAGGAACAAUUUCUACAACCAGUUUAUAUGCCUAUCAUCAUGGAAAUAA